GCCGAAGUACAUUUGUACUAGGUGGCCCUAGCUCCCCUCCAGUCAGUGCCCACUGCCCAGGACUCAACCGCAGAACCACAUGCCCCCCCUGCGGCUCGACAACAAACACUAACAAGACUGACCACGAUACGCCUCGGAGACAAGCAUCGCAUUCAAUCGCAACCACGCUCGCUGGCGCUUCUUUUGCUGGCUCUUUACACCCGUUUUUUGUCAUCGGCAUAAAUAACCACCCGCGCGACAUGGCGCCGCGUCCAACGGCGCAACGGCGCUCCAAUGCGCAAAGCGAGGCUUUUCACGACUUGGGUGUCAGGGGCCGAAAAACCGGCGUCUUUCUCAAGGACACCGGCGCCCGCGACGAGCAUGGCAUGCAGCCACUCGACGACAUCUUUUCCUCCCCAGAGAAGGACAGUCAGAAUGGCGCCGAGGAUGACGACGAGGAGGAUGAGGAAAGCGACGAGGAGCCUAUGGAUAUCGACGAGACCACUGGUCCGGCCCCAUCAGCAUUCAUGAACGGCAACCGCUUCCCUCCUGCGCGUGCCAGGUCGCCGCCAAAGACCAACAUGCAGUCACCAGCGAAGCGAAAUCCACACAUGGGCCACUCAUCGUCUCCCAUCCGAGGCUCUGUUGUGCGGCCCAGCGACGACGCGUCGUCUUCUCCCAGACCAGCGAGGCCUCCCCAGCGGAAGCUCGAUUUCAAGAACAAGCCAACCCUCCCAAAGACAAAUGGUAUUAACGGGAAGGGCAAGGCGGUUGCCCCUACAAAUGGUCAUGUGUCGCCCGAUGAAGAGGGUGACGAGGAGCCCCAGCUGGACGAGGAGUCGAUGGCGAUACUAGACGGGGGCGAUGAUCAUGCUGGAGACGACGGGGAGGCGUCGGUGGAGGAUGACGAUGCCACGGAGCCUGCAGAUGUCGAGGAAGAGGAGCCACCCGCCCCUCCUGCAGCCAAGCGCAAGGGGCGACCACCCAAGAAGGCAGCCCCUGUCGAAGAACCGGACCACGCUCCCGAAGAGACCGUCGAAGAGCAGGCGGAGGAUGAGCCGAUCAUGCAGUCCGUCGAGGCUGACGCAGAACCUGCGCGUGCUGGCAAGAAGAGAGGACGGCCGUCCAAAAACAAGGCCGCCGAGGAGGAUGCAGCUGGACAGCCAACAACAAAGAAGGCAAAACGAGUGUCCGACGUCACUGGUGACGAAACAGGAGACUCAUCUCAGCAGGGUAGUGGGCGGAAACGGGGCCGCCCCAAGGCAAACAAAGCCGCAGAAGAUGGCGAUACCUCGAAACCUACGAAGAAGCAGACUGCACCCAAACAAAAGCAGGCCAAGAAGCCGAGGGUUUCCACUGGGGUGGGCGAUACCUCACUCGCAGAGGUGCCGCGUGGCCCACCCUUGCCGAAAUCGCGAGGUUUGAUGAUAUCACGACGGGAGACUCCGGGCGGCCUGACUACGCGGUCUGGGCGGGCUUCCAUCCGACCGAUUCAGUACUGGAAGAACGAGCGCGUCGAGCUUGACGACGACGAAGUGUUUGACGACGGCAAGCAGAACUUCAGACUUCCGCGCAUCAAAGAGAUCGUGCGCUACGACGAGCCGGAGGUGGAGCAGAAGAAGUCGCGUCGGAAGGCCGGCCGGCCCGCGGCAGGGAAGAAGGGCAAGAGCCGAGACUAUGACUCGGAGGAGGACGAGCUCGAGCCAUGGGAGGAAAAUGCCGAUUCCAUCUCGGGCGAGGUGGUCGUCUGGCAGCCGGAGCACGAGCUCAACCCUCCGGGCCCAGACGAGCAGAUCGAGGUCGCGGAGGAGCAGCUGGCAGUAUCGGCCGGGGCGAUCGUCACCCGCGAGAUCCGCAACGCGACGUUCAAGUUCGCGAAGACGCUGAGCACGCCCUUCUUCGGCGCCGGCGUGGUCGACCUACCCCCGCACUCGGAGAAGAAGCCCAAGAACGCGAGGAAGAUGCAUAUGGCAUUCUUCGUCUUCUCUGGGCGCGUCCAGGUCACGGUGGCGGAUACGACCUUCAGUAUAGGCAAGGGCGGCAUGUGGUUUGUACCAAGAGGCAAUUAUUACAGUAUCGAGAACGGCCAUGACAUGCCGGCGAGGAUUAUGUUUUCUCAAGGCUGUGAGGUGUUGAGCGGUGCUGCGGAGGCCAGUAUGGUGGCGUAAUUAUCGACCUGCCGGGGCUAGGCGGUUGCUACCUCUGUUCCCAAGAGACUGGAGGCUUUUGUGAUGUUGUACUUGCAAAGAUACCGCCUCGGGAGGCAGCUUGCUCCGGUUUAGUUUACCAAGUUCGCAUUUGGGAGCGGAGUAUGUUCAAAUGCGAAGGCGUCUAGUGAGGGGCGGAAGCCAACAAUGAAAUUCAUCCUGUCCAGCUACAGAUCUCAGAAUUACCUCUGCUAUUUUGC